AUGGCAGACCAUACUUUGCCAAUAAACAACGCUCCUACUAUUAAGAUCGCUGAGGACCUCCAUCCCAUCCGUUCAGAGCCAUCCCGUUCCCGGACAUAUGCUAGAGCUGAAACGAGCAGCCUCGCUGGUGGAGUAUUUAACACCCGAAGCCUCUCCCGCAGUUCUGCAGAGAGGAGGAGCACUUCUCGCGCGCGCCAUGACCGCUACCCAGAUGCCGGCGGGGAUGCUGAGGAGGGUGAGGAGUGGCAGCCUGAGCAGGGGCGGACCAAGCAGGUGUUUCGCGGCAAGACCCUCCUCUGGUUGGCAUAUCAGUCCAUCGGAGUAAUCUACGGUGAUAUUGGAACAAGUCCCCUCUACGUGUACUCUUCAACCUUCGCCUCGGGCGAACCCUCUUACAAUGACCUCGUUGAAGUCCUAUCCGUCAUCAUCUGGUCGCUCACGAUCAUGGUCACAUUCAAAUACGUGUUGAUCAUCCUACAUGCCGAUAACGAGGGUGAAGGUGGAACUUUUACUAACGUCGCCAAGGCGAAUAUCACGGAGCGAGACCCCCGAGAACAGCAGAUGGUGAGGAUGGAACGACAUCUCUCACAAAACUUGAAGCCGUCAAAUCGAGGUAUUCGGUCUACCAUCGAGAAGAGCAUGUUUACCCGUGGUCUGCUCAAAUUCAUUGGUGUCCUGGCAGUCUCCAUGGUUAUGGCGGACGGCGUCUUGACUCCUGCCCAGUCAGUCCUCGGCGCCGUUCAGGGUAUCACCGUUGUGCAGCCUUCGCUGUCGAGUUCGGCCGUUGUCGGCACGUCUUGCGGCAUAUUGAUCGUCUUGUUUCUGAUCCAGCCCCUCGGCACAACGAAACUAGCAUCUUCGUUCGCGCCGAUAGUUAUUAUUUGGCUGGCUUUCAACUGUGGGUUCGGGAUCUACAAUCUGGUCAACUACGAUCACACUGUCCUUAAGGCUUUCAACCCCUAUUACGCUAUCCACUUCUUCGUGGAACGUAAAACCGAAGGAUGGAAGAUGCUGGGAGGGAUCCUGCUUGCAUUCACCGGAGUCGAGGCACUCUUUGCAGACCUUGGAGCGUUCAGCUUGCGGGCCAUCCAGCUGAGCUGGUGCUGCUACACAUAUCCAUGCUUGCUUGUGGCCUACAUCGGACAGGCUGCAUACAUCAGUAUCCAUCCCGAUGCAUACUCGAAUCCAUUCUACAAAUCCGUGCCCUCAGGAUGGCUAUACCCUAGUCUCAUUAUUGCCAUUUUAGCUGCAAUUGUGGCCUCGCAAGCUAUCAUCACAGCUACAUUUCAGCUUCUGAGCCAGAUUAUGAAACUCUCCUACUGCCCACAAGUCAAAGUCGUCCAUACAUCUAAAACGUUCCACGGCCAGUUAUACGUACCCUUUCUCAACUGGCUCCUGAUGUGCGGCACGAUCCUCGUGACAGCGGUAUACAGCAACACAACUCGCCUUGGAAACGCUUACGGUGUGUGCGUCAUGUUUGUGACGUUCUUUGAUACAUGCAUGGUCACGCUCGUAGCGCUGAUUGUCUGGCGGCUGUCGCCGUUCCUCGUUAUCGUACCGUGGCUGGUGUUCGCUUCGGUGGACGGACUGUACAUCUCGUCUGCGUUGAUCAAGGUUCCAGAAGGGGCGUGGUUCACGCUCACAGUGUCCGGCAUCUUGGCCUGCAUGUUCCUGCUGUGGCGCUUUGGCAAGGAGAACCAGUGGCGAGCUGAGGCGGAGGACCGCUUCAAGCCCAGCUCGCUCGUCAUGAAAGGCGAAGAGGGCCAGCUACGACUUACACCGAAAUGGGGCGGCGAUCCAUUGUCUAAUGUCCGGGGUUUUGGUGUCUUCUUCGACAAGACCGGUGUCCUGACACCGGCCGUCUUCACCCAGUUCGUGAGCAAGUUCGUCGCCAUCACCGAUGUCACGGUGUUCUUUCACCUGCAUCCGGUAGAAACCCCGAGCAUCCCCGACGAGGAGCGCUAUGUCGUCUCGCGCUUUACGACUAUCCCGGGCUGUUAUCGGAUGAUCAUCAGGCACGGCUUCAUGGAUGAAGUCAUCAGCCCUGACCUGGCGGCUUUGAUCUAUGAGAAGGUGCGAGGGUAUGUGAUCCGUCAGGCAAGGUCAGAUUUGCCAGACGACGGCUUCGAUACCCUCAACAGCAGCCGAAAUGUCACUCCCUUCAAGAAUAGCGAGACUGGAUUAGAGAGCGAAGAGCAAACAUCCAGCGGCGCUACGGAGAGUUCCCAACAACCUAUUGACGAGAAGCGGACGCCGAUUGAACUUCGAGACGAGAGCGUGGCGGCCGAACUUGCCCGCCUUGACCGCGCAUAUGCUGCGAAGAUCAUGUACGUUGUCGGCAAGGAGCAGAUGCAUAUUCGCUCGCAGACUCGGAUCUUCCGGCGCGUUCUGUUGUCGGUGUUUCUAUGGAUUCGUGACAACACACGAGCCAAGAUUGCCAAUCUCCGCCUGGCGAUGGAUCGUGUUGUCGAGGUCGGAUUCGUGAAGGAGAUAUGA